AUGUCUCUGUUAGGGUUUGUCAAAUCGCCGGCGGAGGUUGGGAAGAGCACUGCAGAAUUGGAUCUACAGGAGCGAAGCACAAAAAAAGUCAAUGAUUGUAAUGAGGUGAAUGGAGUAAGGUUGGAAGACACGGGCAGUGGGCCAAAUAUCUCUUUUCGAGAUAUUAUUACUGGGCAGGGGAGGAAAGAGACGUUAGAUGAUGUGGUGCUUGAAGAAGAGGGUGAUGGAAUAAUGGAGGAUACUGCUGGGGAUAUCAUUAUAGAAGAGGAGUGGAUCGGAGGAUAUGAAUGUCCUAGGUUUAGUUUUUCUGCGGAGGAGGAAGAGAGGAUGCAGAGACCUUGGAGGAGGGGAGUGAUUGUUAAGUUGUUGGGGAGGAGGAUAGGAUACAAAGCUCUUGAGAACAGACUCAAUCAAAUGUGGGUGCGAAAAGGAGUGAUCAGCAUUAUUGAUUUGAGUAAUGACUACUUCCUUGUAGCCUUUUCUCACGAGGACGAUAAGAAGGCGGCUAUGGCUAACGGUCCUUGGUUCAUUUAUGACCAUUACCUCGCUGUGAAAGAUUGGAAACCAAAUUUCCAACCUGAUAGUGAUACGAUUGACGAAGUUGCUGUUUGGGUGAGAGUUGUUGGGUUGCCAAUUGAGUAUUACAGUCCAAAAGCUUUAACUGGAUUUGGAAAUCGUAUAGGGCGCACGAUCAAAAUUGAUAAGACUACCACCAAGCAGGAAAGAGGAAAAUAUGCAAGAAUAUGUGUUGUUGUUAAUUUGUCCAAGCCUUUGUUGGGAAUGUUCAAGAUUGGUGGUAGCUGCUAUAAAAUAGAGUAUGAAGGUCUCCAUCUUUUAUGCCUGGCUUGUGGUAAAUACGGUCAUUAUAAAGAAGGGUGUCCUUUGAAGAAUACUGGGAAGGAAAAAGAGGUGGUGGUUAGCGCUGGUAAUGGUAGAAUAGAGAAUCGUCAAUUAGGGGAUGGAAGUGAUCUGAUUGGUGGAAAUUUAGAUGUGAAUGGUCCCUGGAAGGUGGUCCAAAAACAGCGAAGAGAGAAGAAGGUGGUGGAAGGACGGCGGAGUGCUACGACGGUGAAAACUAAUCCCAAAGGCGCAAUCGGUGGAUCUCGCUUUCUUGCUUUGGAAAGUAAUGAAGAGGAUAUCAUGUGUAAUAAUGAAGAGAUUAAUGUGGAUAAUAUUAAUAAUAGGGAGAAUAUGGAAAAUCCCAUAUCUAAUUUCCAUAUUAGGAGUGGACAAAAUCAAAUGAAAAAGGUAGGUAUUAAUGGGACAGCUGGCGGGCAUGUAGUGGAGGAAAUUGGCGUCUUUAAUGGUUUGGUCAUUAGCAAUAUGAAUGAUACGAGGAAGUGGCUGGAAUUGAUUGGGGAACAUAAUAAUGAGGUGGGACAGGAAAAAGCAGCCCCUAUUAUUGGUAGUGGGGGUAGGAGACAGCAACAAGUGAUUGAGAAAAAGAAACCUACUAAUCUAACAACACGUGGAGGUAUUCAUUAUAAGGAUAAAAGUGGUGGGAUUAGUACAUCUGGUGUUGGAAGUUUAUUGGACAAGUUUCAUAUUGACCAUAAUAUGCAUUCCACAUCCUUUGAAACUUUUAAUUUAAUUAAUAAAAGUGGUGGUGAUUCUCAAUUAGCCAUAAAGCGUGGUAAAGAAAUUACUAACAUUGAAGAACCUCCAGAUAUUAGUGCUAAGCCUAAGAAUACUAAUAGCUUCAUGUUUGGUAUUAAGAGCCAUAAUAUGGAGAUAUUAGAGGAAGACAAGGGGACCAGUGGUGGGAACAAAGUCGAGGAAGAGGAGGUGGAGGAGAUAGUUUGUGAAACCUUGUGA